UGGAAGUCUAGUAAUUGUGUUGAUUUUCACUAAAAAUUUGCUUCAAUCGCUGGUUGCGUUUCUUUGAAGCAGCUGCUGGGGAACUGUGUGAGGUCUGCACAAACAAAUGGAUGAAGAACAUUACCCACCCGCUUCAGAUGAGAAUUAUUCAUACGGAUACUCUUUUAAUGAAAGCAAUGUCUGUGAAAUGGGUAACUAUUUUGUAUUUUACACCCAUCUGACUACUGUCCUCUACACUCUGGCAUUUUUACUCAGCCUGCUAGGAAACACUCUAGUGCUAUGGAUCCUAUUCAAAUAUGAAAACCUUGCAUCUUUAACAAGUAUCUUCAUCAUAAAUCUUUGUGUCUCUGAUUUAGUCUUCUCGUGCAUGCUGCCUUUCUGGGCAGUGGAGCAGUCCUUCGGGUGGAUUUUUGGUGAGUUCCUCUGCAAAGCGGUAAAUGCUGUUUUCUCUACUGGCUACUAUAGCGGUGUUUUCUUUUUGACUCUCAUGACUAUUCUGCGGUACUUGUCCGUAGUGAAUCCCCUUUCAACUCUGAGAUCCCAGACACAGUGCUGUGGUUUUCUGGUGAGCUUGGCCAUUUGGACUUGCAGCAUAUUAAUUGUGGUUCCUGAGGUGAUUCACACCACUGUGCAAGAAAGCUUGGACGGCAUCAAGACCUGUGAUUACGCUGACUGGAAAUGGAAGAAGAUGGACAUUUAUCUGAGAAAUAUCCUUUUCCUGUUUUCCUUUGCAAUUAUUGUGUUCUGUUAUGUCAAGAUAUUGAUCAUUCUGCUUGGAGCCAAAUCUCGCAGAAAGCACAGGACUGUGAAACUCAUUCUGAUUAUUGUAGUGGUUUUUUUCCUGAGCUGGGCACCUUACAACAUCCUCAGUUUUUUGAUUACUUUUCCACCACCUACCUGUCAGUAUGAAAAGGAUGUCAACCUUGCCUUUCACAUCAGCCGUAAAAUUGCUUUCUCCCACUGCUGCCUCAACCCUGUGCUCUAUGUAUUUGUUGGAGUCAAGUUCAAGAGGCAUUUGUUACAUUUACGCAAUCAAUGUUUACCAUGUGGCAUCGGUCGAGCCUCCAGCCCCAGCAUCUGUUCGCAAGGUAAAUUCCACUAUGAAGACGCAUCCAGCCACGGAAGCAAGGUCUAACUAUUAGUGCUCCUCCUGGAUGAACUUUCAGAUUUUAAAAGCCAUGGAUAAUCUCUAAUUUUUAGAGACUCUUCCCUGAGCAACAGAUAAACAAGCUUACUCUUUGCAAACAUGUUGAGUAUGGAAAAUAAUAAAAAAACGUAUUUGCAGCAGGAUGGAGUAGCUGAGAAGCUACUUCAUUCAUCUGUAAGUCACUUUGUGCUUUUUGUAUUCCGUGAGAUGGAUUUGCUCUCAUUGAUUUUUCUUUUUAAAAACAAAACAAAUUUUAUUUUUAAACAAUUUUUAGCUUUAGGUGCUAAAACAUCAGGCUUUACCAUAAAUGGUACUGCAUGUUGCUUUCUUGUCUGACUUAAAAUACUUGGGUUAUAUAUAGCAAUGGAUACAUAUGUAUUUCUUUAGCUUUUAGUGCUUUACAGUGGUGAAUAUCAGAGCCGAACUCAUCAGUUCCCUCUUUUUGGAGCUCUGAAGACUUACUGGUCUGACAAUAGCUACAAGAUCUCAGAAUCUUUGAAGUCCUCAAUAUAAAUGUUCUUUUAACUGUUAGUGGGUAAAUGUAUAUACUAGCUUAAUAUAAAGGCAGUUUUCUGGCUCUGAAAUGGGAUGUUUGGGAGAGCCAUGAAAGGAACACAAGUUGUAACGAGAUACUUUGGUUGCUGGGUUAUUCUUUUUUCUCCUGUCACUGCUCCUGCCCCAGGCACCUUCCAUUCUCUGAAUAAUGUCCCUUCAGGCUGUUGCAGUGGAUCUGCAGCCACUCUUCUGCGCAAGGCAGGAGCAUAUUUACCCCUAUUCGCUGUCUCCCUCCCUCUCUCCCUGUGCCAUAGCUCUGAGAAGAAUUAAGCUUUAUAAAAAGGUUACAGUGCAGAACAAGCGGCUUAUUUCAAUACCCGCAUGGAAAUAGUUGCUUUGUUUGUAAAAUUAAUGUUUGGCCUGUUUUAUUAGGAAGCCAGAACAGCAGAUUUUAGCCCAUAUAUUUGCGUGCUUGCUCCUUCACCACUCUUCUUUUAAUGGCUUCACAAGGAUGUUGAAAUCUCUGCUUAAAACCUGGUCAUCAAAGCCAGACAUGUGUUUGUUUUUGACCUGCCUCAUGUCUAAAUACCAGAUAUGCUCAUACCUGGCCUAGCCAGCUUUCUGGGCAGAUGCAGUUCUUUCAUGUCAUGGAUGCAUUUUAUCUGCAUAGGCAAGUGGGAAGUAAAGUGCAAAUAUUUGCACGAAUUUGAUUUUGAAAACGUUGCUAAGAGGCUUUGUUGUGAUAAGUGCAGGAGUAUUUUUAAAUGAUUGCUAAAAUAUGAUUUCACAACUAAAAGCAAGCUGAGGGAAUCCAGUUCAACAUCAUACAUUAUUGCAACAAAUCCAAAGACAUGGUGAUUGCAGCAGUCAAAAGCAACAUUUUUUUCUCUGCAGGAACUGAUAUUCUUCAUGAUAGCUCAUGAAAGUAAAAAACAUGUACUGCCCACUCCUGUGUAACUAAAUUAGAAAGCCUCUGGAAACUGUAAUAUUUCAUUGCCUUGUGUUUGUAUAGAAAGCCGAGGCAGCUUUGCAAUGGCACCAAACUUUAUUUUUGUGCUAGGUAGCAAUUUGGUUUUUGUAGACAACCAUCUUGGAUGGUCUCUGUGUUUUUUCUAUACUAUUUCAUUUGAUCUCCAAAGAUCACCUGCAGCAAAUAACAGAUUCUUCUGAGCUGCUAUGCAGAUUGUAAGAAAACGGAAACUCAGUAAUGCCCAUACUGAAGCAGACUAAGGGUCCGUCUAAUCCAAAACCCUAGUUUCUGAUAGAGCUUGCCAGUAGUUUCUAGUUGUGCUUCAGCUCAGCUGCCAGAACAAAAUGCUUAUAUCUUGUCCCUUAUCAUUAGAGGCACCUUUCCAAACGAGUCAGUUCUGGUAUUAUAAUACUACAAUUAUUGCCUAUAGCUUAUUAAAAAAAAAAAAGUUACUCAUUAAUCACAUAAGGAAUGGACUUGUGUUCAGACAAACCAUGGAACGAUGGAACUUGUCACCAGUCUGAUUUGUGGUGAAGUCCAGCCUCUGGCUCUUGUCUCUUGGUAAGAGGUAACAGACAUGCAAAAUGAAUGUGAUUCCUUCCAUAUAGUUCAAGAGACUUUAGACUGGGGACUCAAUACCUUCAGCUAUGAAGAGGCAAGCUACUAAAGGAUAUGAA